AUGGACAACAAUAACAAUGCACCAGGCACAUCCCUCCAGCAUCAGCAGCAAGGCGAACAACAGCAACAGCAGCAAUUACCCCAACAACCUCAACCUCAACUCCAGUCCCAGCCCCAACGCAAAACCAACAACCCAAGAACCCACCUCCGCCCCCUACCCACAGCCUACAAAAUUCAACUCCACCUCCGAAAAGGUGAACCCCUCGAACGCCGCCGCCUCACCCACGGACUCCCCGACCCAGACCCCUACCCACACGUCCGCGAUCAAGACUCUUACGUCAUCCUCCGCGAACGAAUAUCUGCUCAUGUAACACGACACCCAGACCUGUUCUGGCCCGAGGAUGGGAUUCCGUAUAUCAAGCCUGCGGAAAGUGUGCCUCAAAAGUACUAUCAGCAGAUGACGGUGGAGAAUUUUGAGGAGCAAAUGGCGAAGGCUUGGAGGAUGGAGGCGAAGCGGUUGGGGGAUGAGGAGUUGAUUGUGUUAAAUAUUUUUGUGUAUUUGAAGGAGAGGGAGCCAAAGGAACCGGGGCCGCCUGGACGGCCGCCGGGACGGCCGCCGGGUAGAGGUGCGGCGAAGGUUGCUGGUGCUGUUACUGCUGCUUCAGGAUCGGGCGCUGUUGCUGGUAGUGGUGCUAUUGUUCGGUCACCUGGUGCACCACGAGGGCCGCGGAUGAGACCUAGAUUGGUAGAUGGCACAGCAGGAGCUGAAACUGGAGCGGUUGGAACAGUAGCCAUCAGGAACAGGAUCCUUACUCCUGGAGAGGCUGUUGUGGCAGCCAUUAAUUCUCCUGUUGUCACUGCACCAGCUUCGUCCUCUUCACCAUCAGCCUCAACACCAGUAACAGGAACAGUAGCGUCAAUAGCGGCGGUGGCAGGACCUUCUACGUCUUCUGCAGCAUCGGCAUCAUCAGCGUCAGCAGUACCAACAAACAUCCCACCAAACCCAACCCUGGUCCCGGCCGCAUUACCGCCAUCAGCUACACGAACACAAGCACCGCGAGCAGCAUCUGCAUUCGCGCGCCAACAGCACCACCGUCUCACCGCCAUCCCUACUAUCCACCCUCCAUCUGCGCCAAUCGAUCAGGACCAUGACAUGGAAGAUGUCAACAACAGCGACAAUAACUUUGAUAACCUGAUGCAGGAUGAAUUCGACCAGCCUGGAUUAGAGGAGUUACCAUCGCAGCGGGCGUAUGAAUUUUAUGCGUCAUCUUCACCAUCACCUCCUCCAGCGAUAGCAGCGUCAACUUCGUCUUCAGCAACGUCGUCGUCGGCAUCCAUUCACACGUACUCAACUCGGCCGCAUACUCUGGGCCCACAACCUCAACAUCAAGCACAAACGGCACAGCCAGGACAGGCAGGAGGUGGAGAUGAUGGGGACUUCAAGUUGAUCAAUGUCAAGAUCAAUGGUCUUGUUGUCCCCAUUAUGUUUGAUGUCAAGAGUUUGCGGGAAGCUAUCUUCUCUUAA